UUCUGUUUACUGGUUAAAUUCCUGCUUUAUUGUAAAUUCAAUCAAACUUAUUUAAUCAUGGUAAUUUCAUGUUCCUCAUAUGGGUGUACAAACCGGCGGAAAAAAGGAUGUGGUAUACAAUUUCACCGCUUUCCUCUAAAGAGGCCAUCCGUUUUGGAAAAGUGGAUACAUGAAAUAAAACGCAAACACUUCAAACCUUCUGAGUAUAGCUAUUUAUGCAGCGAACACUUUACAAAUAAAGACUAUCAAAUCCGUCCAGGAGCAAAUGUAAAAUGGUUAAAAGAUGAGGCUGUUCCAUCUGUAUUUAAAGAGUUUCCUCAACAUUUACAGAAGAAAAAAGUUGUUUGCCGGUUGUUACAAAGAAACCCAUUGGUUGACAAUAAUUGUGAUAUAUCUGUCAAUACAGUCGAUAUAGAAUGUUCCAGUUCAAAAAAUUUUGAAAAUAAUACUAAAAGUGUUCAGUGUUCCAUACAAUCGCCAACAAAGGCAAUUUUGAGAAAAAAAGUAAAAGUAUUACAACAACGCCUUAAGCGAAGAGAAACAAAAAUUAAAUCAUUAAAAAGUCUUGUUAUGCGCAUUAAGAAAAACGUCCCGAUGUCAGAUGAUGUAACGACACAGCUAGAAGAACAUUUUGAAAUUCAGUCAUGAAGGUCAAACUUGCAGCACAAACGUUGAGUAGUGGGGUUGCCGAUGCAAUU